AUGUUAUCAGAAAACGAAUAUCGAAAAACAAAACAACAACUCGAAAACAUUCCACGUGAUUUACCAACUAAACAACAAAAUAAUCUUAAAAAACUCCUUAAAAAAAAAUUACAUGAACAUGAGCUUGCUUCCAAAUAUCCACCAUUUCAACCUUUACCAUAUGCACAAUUUUUUAUUAAUUAUGCAACUCAUGAAUUAACAUUGCUUCAUUUAAUUGAAUCGGUACAAUGUUCAAAAAAGAUUAUUUUAGAUACAGAAUCUAUUACUAUUCCUCAUCAACCAAAUGAACCAGCACUUAUCCAACUCCAAUUAAUAUUACCAACUUCAUAUUCGUACGUAAUUUUUGUGGAAGUUUGCCAUUUACCACGUGAACAUGAUACAACAUUUGAUUUAAUUAAAUUAUUUUUUCAUACCUUAUUUCAAUUUGAUAAAAUCAUUUACAUUUGGGGAGAAAUUAAAGAAUUAACUAAGUUUAUAAAAUUUGGAUUAUUUUCGAAUGAGCAAAUACGUUUAUCAAACAAUAUUAAUUGUCAGGAUGAAUUUAAAAAAUAUUGGCAACGAAAUUAUCCACAUAAAAUUUCAUCUUAUGGAUCAACUGAAGAUUCACAAUGUAACUGUGAAUCAUGUUUGGGUAUAAACCCACAAGAUCCUUGGUCUUUACAGAACGCUGUGGCUCACAAAUUACAUUUAUAUUUAGAUAAAAGAUUUACUAUAUCACAAUUUGAUAUUGGACUUGAUUCACAAUUGAAACAUUUAAAUGAUUCAGAAAUUAAACAUCGAGAACGAAUGAUUCAUUAUGCGGCAAACGAUUGCCUUUCAAUAUAUCAACUUAUUUUAGAAUUAAAUUUUUUUCAUCAUGAACAAUCAGUAACAUCUUUAUCAAGUCAUAAAUCAAAUAAAAAUAUUUCAAAUUAUUCAUUUCAAUUACUUCCAAUUUCAUCUAAUGAUGAUUUAAUUGUACCUAAUGAAUAUGAUAUACCAUCAACAAGUCGAACCGUUUAUCUUAUUGAAACACCUACAGUAAUAUUAGAUAAUCAUUCAUCAACUCCAUCACAAUUUCCAACUACGACGAAUACAUCAACUAAACCAAAAUAUAAAAAAGAACUAUCAGCUGAAGAACGUAAAAAACUUCAUAACAAAACAUGCACGUUAAAACAAAGAAAAAGAUAUUUUCGUUUUCAAAUUACUAGAGAAGAUAUUGAUAAACGUUUUACUACUAAACAAAUAAAAAAAAUUUUAAAACAACAUAAUAUACCAGUUACAGCUGUUUCAUUUUCAUCACGUACAAAUAAAAAGGCAUUAAUUAUUGGAUUGAAAGAAAUAACCAAAUUAUCAAUAUAUGAAAAUAUAGUUGCCGAUUUAUUUACAAAACAACAUUAUGAACAAUUUCGAAAUGAUAAAUAUAAAUCUAGAUCAUCAUCUCAUCAUCAUCGAAGUCAUUUGAAUCACUAUCACUUCUAA